AACAAAACUAAAUAGCAUUUCUAUGGAGACCUCUUUCUUAUUUUCUUUCUCUCUCCUGCUUUUAAUUUUAACCCUCACCUCAUCUGCAACAUUAUUCGAUGAAGACGCUCUACUCGCCUUCAAAAAUUCCAUCACUUUAGACACAAAUGGUGUCUUGAGCAGCAGCUGGCUCGCCAACACCUCCGUCUGUGAGUGGACCGGCGUCUCGUGCGGCACCAAACACCGCAGGGUCACAGCCCUCAAUCUCUCCGGCCUCGCGCUCCGGGGAAACCUCGUCCCACAUCUCGGAAACCUAACGUUUCUGCGUUCCUUGGACGUCAGCUCCAACAAUUUCACGGGCGUCUUACCCUCUCAGCUGUCUAAUCUACGCCGUUUGAAGGAAAUUAACGCGGGAUUUAACAGGCUAAGCGGAGAGAUACCCACAGCUAUCUUUACAAACAUGUCCGCAUUGGAAAAGAUUGAUCUGAAUUCUAACAAGCUAUCAGGCAAGAUCCCGACUGAUAUAUGCAGUAAUACUCCCAAACUCAAGACCUUAUUUCUCAAACAGAAUCAAAUUCAUGGGAAAAUUCCGAGGAAUAUAUACCGAUGCACAGAGCUGGAGGAGCUGAGCUUGUCGAUGAACCAGUUCCGUGGAGAGAUACCAACUGAAAUUGGGAAUUUAACCAUGCUUACGCUUUUAUCUAUAUAUCAAAACAAUCUCCAAGGAAAUAUUCCGUCUUCUAUCUUCAACAUUUCCACGUUGAAAUGGAUGUACCUCUCCAGCAAUAAUCUGUGUGGAAGCAUCCCCACGAAUUUGGAGAAUGUAGGUGAUCUACAAGAGUUGGAACUUUACAGCAACAACUUAACAGGUCUCAUACCAAAGCAAAUUGGAAACCUCACUUCACUAGUUGAGGUGGAUCUUGCUUUGAAUAAGUUGGAGGGUGAAUUGCCAGAAGAGCUUGGUAAGCUAGCAUACCUGGAGUCCUUAACGGCAUCCUUCAAUGAUUUGUUAAAUGGUAGCAUCCCACCUUCCCUUUUCAAUAUCUCAUCACUGCAGAUAUUAGCUCUUCAACAGAAUUUAUUUUCUGGCACUCUUCCUCCAAGCAUGGGGCGCUCGCUUCUCAAUCUCCAAGAGCUUUAUUUAUAUUUCAACAGACUCACCGGAGAAAUUCCAACCUCUAUCACCAAUGCUUCUCAGCUUACUAUGCUGGAACUGAACAGAAACUCAUUCACUGGCUCCAUCCCCGACUUUGGCAAUCUGAGGCAGCUUAAAGUCCUUCGCCUUUGGGAAAAUGAUUUGACAGCAGCUGAAUAUCCUAAUCAGGAACUCACAUUUCUCUCUUCUUUAACUAACUGUCGAUAUUUGAUGAACUUGGAAAUAUCAGAUAAUCCAGUGAUGAAUGGUAUCCUCCCUGCUUCAGUUGGGAAUUUAUCUACUUCUCUCGUCACUUUCGCGGCAUCUAGCUGCAGCAUUAGAGGUGCUAUUCCUUCGGAAAUUGGAAACUUAAGCAGUUUACAAACUCUGGAUUUAUCUAGGAAUCAAUUCACAGGAUUCAUCCCGACAACAUUAGGAGAAGUGAAGCAACUUGGGAUAUUACAUCUUUAUGAAAACCAGCUGCAAGGAUAUAUCCCUCUUCAUCUUUGCCAAAUACUCGGCAAUAAUUUGGUUGAGCUUGAUUUGAGUGGUAAUAUGCUCACAGGCUCAAUACCUGAAUGUUUGGGUGGGCUUAAAUCCCUUCAAAGAGUCUCUUUGGCCUCAAACAAGCUCAACUUCACACUUCCUUUCAACUUUUUGAAUCUUCCACAUCUCAUACUUCUAAACUUGUCCUCAAACUAUCUCAGUGGUAAACUUCCUGAUCAAAUCGGAAGUUUGACAGCUAUCAAUAAUCUAGACUUGUCUUCUAACAAAUUUUUGGGAAACAUUCCGAACACGAUUGUUGGAUGCGAAUCACUCGAGUUCCUGUAUUUGUCAAAUAAUAUGUUGAAUGGAUCCAUCCCUGAAUCUUUGGGCGAGGUUAGAGGCUUGAGGAAUCUGGAUCUAUCCAACAAUAAGCUCUCCGGUGUGAUACCCGACUCUUUAGAAAAGUUGGCUCUCGAAUCUUUUAAUGUUUCUUACAACAAAUUGCAAGGAAAGAUUCCAGAUGGGGGUUGCUUCUCCAACUUUAGUGCCGAAUCUUUUGUUCAAAACUCUAAUCUAUGCGGCGCUGCAAGAUUUCAAGUGCCACCUUGUCCGAGAAAUCAUGGAAGAUCAAGAUCAAAAACAGAAUAUGUGGUGACUCCCUUCAUUGCAGCUGUGAUUUUAGAGCUGAUCAUAGUUUUCUUGAUAAAGAGACGCAGACAAAAAAGUGCUCCAGCUUCCACUGACAUUUCAUCAGUGGGAGUCUCGUGGAAGAUCGUCUCAGAGAGAGAACUGACGCAGGGGACGAGUUCGUUUAGUGAGAUAAACCUACUUGGAAGAGGGAGCUUUGGUUCAGUGUUCAAAGCAAUGCUUGCUAAUGAAACUGAUGUCGUAGCAGUGAAAGUGUUCAACUUGGAAUUGGAAGGAGCGCUCAAGAGCUUUGACAUCGAGAGUCGGAUACUGAGCACCAUUCGACACAGGAACUUGAUCAAGAUACUCGGGUGUUGCAGCAACGCGCAGUUCAAGGCCUUGAUCCUUGCUUACAUGCCUAAUGGGAGUCUCGAGAAAUGGCUGCAUUCCGACGUGUAUGUUUUGGAUGUGAUGCGGAGGUUGGACAUAGCCAUAGACGUCGCUUUGGCCUUGGAAUAUCUUCACCACAAUCACACGUUCACCAUUGUGCAUUGUGAUAUAAAGCCGAGCAAUGUGCUGCUUGAUGAAGAUAUGACUGCUCAUGUUGCCGAUUUUGGCAUCUCUAAGCUUUUUCAGGAUAGGGAAGCUGUGAUUCAUACUAUAACAAUGGCAACUAUCGGUUAUGCAGCACCAGAGUAUGGAUCAGAAGGAAAAAUAUCCACAAACGGGGAUGUAUAUAGCUAUGGGAUACUAUUGUUGGAGAUUUUUACGAGUAAGAAGCCAACAAAUGAUAUGUUCAGCGCGGAAAUGGGCAUAAAGGAGUGGGUGGGCAAAGCAUUACAAGAAAAUGGGAUAAGUGAAGUUGUGGCGCCUGGUUUGCUAUCAAGAGAAGAUCGCCAUUUCUUUGCAACAGAGCAAUGUGUGUUGUCUAUUUGUCAUUUGGCGAUGAAUUGUUUGGCCCUUUUACCCGAGGAAAGGAUCAACAUGAUGCAAGUAGCAGCUGCAUUACAGAAGUUCAAAGUAACAUUAGCAGCAGCCAAGAAGAGGCAAAGCAGAAUUUGAUUAUGGAUAAUACUUAUAGCAAUAGCCAAAAGUUAGUAUAUAGAUUCGAAUUUCUAGUUCUCUAAUACAUUAAGAUAUGUACAUAGUAUCUAAUUGGGUUUACAUUCCAGAAUUUGAAGUACAACUUCAAUUUUUCUUAA